AUGCAAGGCUCCAUAAUUGGAAAUUUGAUAGCAGUUAGAUCAUUGACUAAUAGCUAUCCCUUUUUCCAAAUAAUCAACGAAAUCUUUAAUCUCUUAACGUGGAAUAACGAUAUAAAAUACAAUCUAAUUAGCUUAUUUACUUAUAGCUUAGUGGUAUUAUGGUUUCAAGAUAUCUUCAGAUAUCUUGGGCAUGGGAUUUUACUAGUUAUAAUCUAUUUUUGGUAUCGAUUUGAACAAAACAAAAAGAGGUUUAAUGAGAUUACAAAAGAUGAUAAUAUUAGAAUAAUUAACGAGAUAUCAGAUAAAUUUGAUAUUUUAAUUGAACCCAUAAUGCAAUAUGAUACAGAUAAGAUCAAACAAAUUAGUGUAAUCAGCUUAGUGGUUUUACCAAUUUGUAGUUUAAUUAUCAAUAUUAGAAGAAUUAUAUUAAUAAUAGGAUUAUUUUUAUUAUCGUUUAAUGCGCCAAUGAUGAUUCGAUUAAGAAAGCACCUUUUAGAUACGAAUAACUUAAUUGAAGAUAUUGUAAUGGCAAAGAGGAAGAAACUAAAGGCAGAUAUAAAAAAUGAUACUAAGCAAAAGGAAUUUGAACUGCUAAUAGAAAAAAAGAAAUCGAAUCUUCUUAAUACCCCUAAAUUCGCAUACAUCUUGUAUGAAAACCAAAGGAAAUGGAUAGGAUUAGGAUGGACAGAUAAUAUGUUAACUUAUGAGAGGAGUAAUUGGACAGAUGAAUUUUUAAAUUCAUCUGAAUCUAUUGAAACUUUUCAGUUACCAAUUGAAGAUAAAUCGGAAAACUCUGGAGAUACAGAUGGGAAACAAAUUAAUGAAGUUCACAAUUAUCAAUGGAAAUGGGUAGAUCCAUGUUGGAAAUUAGAUCUGACGAACGAUGGGAUCAUUGAAGAUUGUCCAAUAAAGACUGUAAAUGAUCCAGGAGACAACGAUGGUUUUAUAUAUUACGAUAAUGCAUGGAAUAAACCUAGUGUUGAAGAUUCUUAUUCUAAAUAUACCAGAAGAAGGAGAUGGGUAAGAACUGCUGAACUUACUAAUGAGGUUGAAUAA